CUGCUGAGGGCGGGGCGGGGCAAAUGCAGAGGACACGCCCCUAACAAUAUGGCGCCUGUGAGGAGAAGGAGCCCGCGGGUUGAGAGGUGCUGCAUAUAGGACGUGUCCUCCUGUACGUUGAUGGGCAUGACGCUGUUUCGCCUGGACCUUCUGUAAACUUAUGGAGAAGAAGGAUUUUGAGACAUGGCUUGAGAACCUCUCAGCAUCUUUCUUCAGCCUCACCGACCUGCAGAAGAAUGAGACCCUGGAUCACCUGAUCAGCCUGAGCGGAGCCGCGCAGCUGCGUCAUCUGUCCAAUAACCUGGAGACGCUGCUCAAGCGCGAUUUCCUCAAGCUUCUUCCCCUGGAACUCAGCUUCUACCUGCUGAAAUGGCUGGACCCCCAGACACUGCUCACCUGCUGCCUGGUGUCCAAGCAGUGGAACAAGGUGAUCAGCGCCUGCACUGAGGUGUGGCAGGGGGCAUGCCGCAGCCUGGGCUGGCAGAUAGACGAGGCUGUGCAGGACACCCUGCACUGGAAGAAGGUCUACCUGAAGGCCGUGUUACGGAUGAAGCAGCUGGCCGGCCAUGAAGCCUUCCAGACGGCGUCACUUAUCGGACACAGCGCCAGAGUUUAUGCACUUUAUUAUAAGGAUGGUCUCCUAUGUACAGGUUCGGACGACUUGUCUGCGAAGCUGUGGGAUGUGAGCACCGGCCAGUGCGUCUACGGCAUCCAGACUCACACCUGCGCUGCCGUCACAUUCGAUGAAGGAAAACUCGUAACUGGCUCAUUCGAUAACACUGUGGCCUGCUGGGACUGGAGCUCAGGGGCCCGAACACAGCACUUCCGGGGCCACACUGGAGCAGUCUUUAGUGUGGACUACAAUGACGAGCUGGAUCUACUGGUCAGCGGCUCGGCAGACAACACUGUAAAAAUCUGGGCCUUAUCUUCAGGAACAUGCUUGAAUACACUCACCGGUCACACUGAGUGGGUGACAAAGGUCGUCCUAGAGAAAUGUGCAGUGAAGUCGGUCCUACACAGCCCUGGAGAUUACAUCCUACUGAGUGCGGACAAGUAUGAGAUUAAGAUUUGGCCGAUUGGCAGAGAGAUAAACUGUAAGUGUCUGAAGACUCUGUAUGUCUCAGAUGAUAGGAGUAUUACUCUUCAGCCACGGCUGCACUUUGACGGCAGAUUCAUCGUCUGCAGCUCAGCCCUGGGUCUGUACCAGUGGGAUUUUGCCAGCUAUGACAUUGUACGAAUCAUUAAGACCCCGGACUCCACGAACCUUUCUCUGCUCGGUUUUGGGGAUAUUUUUGCGCUUCUUUUUGACAACAACCACCUGUACAUCAUGGACUUACGUACUGAAAAGCUGAUCAGCCGCUGGCCCCUCCCUGAGUACAGGAAGUCCAAGAGGGGCUCCAGCUUCCUGGCUGGAGAGAUGGCAUGGCUGGAUGGCCUGGACGGUGGCAAUGAUGUGGGACUGGUGUUCGCCACCAGCAUGCCCGACCACAGUAUCCACUUGGUGUUGUGGAAGGAGAACGGCUGAGGGUUGGGAGCGGGCACCAGGUGGUCUUAGCCGGACGUUGGGCACUCUCACAGCGGAAUGUGCAUGAACCAAAGUUUCCCAUCAUGCAGCGCACAGUCAUGUCUGGUUUCUUCUCUCAGUUCUCUGGAUGCCGCAUGAUAAGUGGACGCCAUUAGGUCUUUCACCAGCCACAGAUGAUGAGGCGGCCGCCAUAUUGGUUCUGUGCAUUUCUCCUGCAUAGUGUUUAUACGUGUAAUCUAUUUUAAUACAGAAAUAGUCCAAGCAAUUUAUCAGAUGGGGGAGGGGAUCAGCCUAUAACCAGAGCGCAGGGUGAGGGACGAGCAGCCGCCCCUCCAUAGUGACGCCGCUGUUCCUGGCACAAUAAAUGCUCUGUGUAACCCCA